AUGGAUUACGAAGAAGAAGACGAUAUCGACUAUGACGACCUGCGUGCUGUUGAGAUCACCACGCUCAAGGCCAUUUUUCCCGAACUAGCCAUUGACAGCGAAAACAAGUAUGCCUUCACGCUCGAAGUGCCCGUGAACCCGGCCAAGGUCGUCACUGUCGCAUUUCCAGCCACAGGCAUCAUCGAGAAUGCAACAACUGACACGCAGGUGGCUCCCGGGACAUCAUCCGCUUCCGACGCCAGUGCCAGUGCUGCCAACGCACAUCUCCACCAAGAGAACCGGGUCAUCGACACGCACAGCUUGGCCUACUUGCCGUCGCUGCAUCUUUGUGUAACACUGCCACCGGCGUACCCAGCAGAAGAGCCGCCCACCGUGGCCGUUACGGCAUUUCCACCAUGGCUGCCGAGCAGCGUGCUGGGUCGCCUCGCGAGCGAUUGUGAACGACUGUGGGAGGAGAUCGGGCGCGACCAGGUUGUGUUCAGCUACGUCGACCAUAUCCAGCAGGCGGCGGAUGACAAGGUGUUUGGGCUCGUGAACCAAAACGGGUUUCUCGCCGUGGACACGGAACACAAAGUGGCGAUUCUCAACUACGACGUUGCAGCUAAGCAGGCCGCCUUUGCCAAAGAGACGUUUCGCUGUGAUCCGAAGAAGGGCGCAGCCUGCCACCGUAUGCAAGACUGUGGGCAUGUCUUCUGCCGCCAAUGUUUGCAAGACUUUUACAGCAGCGCCAUCACAGAAGGUGACCUUGCAUCUAUUCGUUGCCUCGAGCCGAAUUGCUCCAAGGAGCGCGUCGCUGUGGCCCAGCAGAUGGGCAAGAAGAACAGCAAACCCAAGCUCGUAUCCGUUAGUCCCGGCGAGCUGCUGCAGAUUCCCCUUGACGAGAGCCUUGUGCGGCGCUACAUUGACCUCAAGUACAAGACGGCACUCCAGUCGGACAAGAAUACUGUCUACUGCCCGCGCGCUUGGUGCAACGGUGCGGCACGGUCUAAAAAGCACAAGAAACCGCACGGCCUGUCGCUCCAUGAGAGCGACGGCGAAGACGAGGAGGAGGCGGAAGCGGCAGCAGCAGUAGAGGCGCCGGCAGGUGAUAACGGCAAGAGCAAAAAGGCGUACUCGGCGACAGAAGAACGCCUAAGCAUCUGUGAAGACUGCGCGUUUGCAUUCUGCAGCCGUUGUCUCCUUUCGUGGCACGGCGACUUUGUGUACUGCUCGCCGCCCCGAAACACCGGUGAGCUGGCUGAGGAGGAUAAAGCGUCGCUCGAAUACCUAGCACAUCACACGACGCCGUGCCCGACAUGCGCAGCGCCGGCCCAAAAGACCAUGGGAUGCAACCACAUGAUUUGCUUCCGCUGCAACACACACUUUUGCUACUUGUGCGCGGCGUGGCUCGACUCCAGCAAUCCUUACCGGCACUUUAGUGAGGCUCCCGAUGGCCGGCGAACAGGAUGUUUCAACCGACUGUGGGAGCUCGAGCAUGGGGACGAAGGCGGUGGUAACGGCCAGGUUAUUGCAUUCGAUGGACGCGCCGCUGUUCGCGUUGCCGACUUGAACGAAUCAGAUAACGACAACUGGGACUUACCCGACGAUGAUCUGUCCGACUGGGAUUCGGAUGAAGAUGUUGUGCAAGGUGAUGCCAACGUCAACGGUGCCGCUGCUGCAGAUGGCGACCAGGGCGGACGCGGUGGCCAGGUACAUGACCGAGGCGGUCCUAGGCAGCGGGGUGGCCGUGAUGGUAGGAACAAUGGACAACGACAAAGGGAAGGCCCACGACGAGUUCCAACCCCAGCGGCCCCCCAUCAUGUUGAUGUUGCCCGUGAAGGGCCUCUCGUCCUUCGCAUUGCCAUGGACCCAGCGCCGGGUCCAGCACCUCUUGCGCCGGGUAACCACGAUAACGACAACCACCACGGUAUCAACAACAACGACAACGGUAUAGCCCCAAGAGUACGAGGCUUUGCGGCAGCUCGAGGAAGAGGGCAGGAUGGUCGUAUACGAGGACGAGGAGCUGCCGGGCAGGGACGGGGACAAAUACGGGGGGCCGGUGCUGGCGGCCGAGUACACCGAAAUCCUGGUAACGAGUUGGACCCAGCGAUGGCGGCCUGGGUUCGCAACUUUGUCGAGCUUGCUCUCGUCGAUAACGAGGAUGCCGAGGACUAA